AUGGAGACAAUUGACCCAGCAACUGGACGGCCUCUCCCCGCCGACGCUAUCCAACGAGUUCUCUUCGUUGCGCCGUCAGUGCACGUCUACAAUAUACCGCCACUUACCAGCACCAAAGGCUACGUUGCAGCAUCUUGGACUGCGGACAACAAUAAACGCCGCAUAUUUACUGCCCGUGUCCGGAUUUUAGAGACUGCAAUUCCCACCGCAAACAACGACGAGACUCUAAAAACAGAUGUUUUACUCGAGGAUCCGAGCAGUGGGCAGCUGUUUGCUGCUGCGCCGUACACGACACCCGGGGUGGUCGAGCAAGUGUUAGACUCUUCGAGAUUUUUUGCUGUAAGAGUCGAAGGAGAAGGAGGGAGAAAAGCAGUUCUGGGCAUUGGAUUUGAGGAAAGGAGCGAGGCUUUUGACUUCAGCGUUGCACUGCAAGAGGUUCGAAGGACGCUUGGGAUUGGGCAAGCUGGGAAUAGCAGCGGAAAGAAGGCGGAUAAAGGGAAAGAGAAGGUGCCAGAGAAGCUCGAUUUCAGUUUGAAGGAAGGCGAGACUAUAAAGAUCAAUAUUGGGGGCAAAGGGAUAGGCAGGAGGAGCCAGGGGAAGGCCGAGGAGACCAAGGGGCUUGGAGGAUUCUCAUUACCACCACCUCCGAGUGGCGGAUCUUUCAGUUCACUCCUACCCCCUCCGCCCAGUGCACAUGAGGUUAGAGCCCAGAAAGGACUCAAUCAGAAUGUGGAAACGCAAGAACCAGGAUCGAUAGAGGAUCUUGGAUUUGAUGAUGGGGAAUUCGCCGCCUCAGCGGGACAGUGA